UCCUAGCGGUUUCGCGGCUUGCCAGCACUGACCCGUAGCAAGAGGAGGUCGCAAUGGCCGAGCCAACCGUUGUCAUAGCCCCCACCACAGUACCAAGAGAAGACCUGGGACAUGGGGAGCCGCUCCUCACGACUGCGAAACAAGUCAAGAAGACGCCAGGUCUUGAGAGAGAAGGAUGGUGGAGGCUCACAGUAACGGAUACUCCAAUACCUGGGACUUACCACUUAAGGACUUUUAUUGAAGACGCCCUAUUAAAUCCAGUGAAAGUAACCUACAAUUUUAAAAACGAAGGGAGGAAAAAGCCCCCUCUUGUGCUGAGAAACGAUCCGGUCCCAACUGAUCUCCCACAGUAUAGUCCUCCUGACUUCUUGGAGCUGUUGAAGAAGCAGAUGGCCUCAUACUCUUUCAAGGACAAACCCCGGGCAGAUCCCAGCACACUAGUUGACAAAGAUGAGUCACUCCAUCUUUGCCCGGGACAGUACGAGAUACUUCCUGCACCGGUUCCCAAGAGCCCAGCCAGGAGCUUCGUAUUUCGCUCUUCAGUUCAAAGAUUCCCACCAAAUUAUUUCACUCCUCUCCCUCUGGUAAAAGCGACUCAUACUAGCCACCGAAGGGAAAAGGUCCAUCCUGUUAUCAUCCGGAGAGUGGAGUUGGAAGCCUCCCUGCCAAGCAGAGAGAUGUUCAUCAUGAAACGUUUCCUGUGGUUUCUGCUGACCCCCAAGUUCUGGGAUUCAAGCCAGCACGAGGGCCCUGGACCAGGUGACUAUGAGCUGAAGGCAUCCCCCAAAGGCUCUAUUACUUCUUGUUUUCGAUCUAAGGUCCCCCGAUUCUUGCCUGUCAGUUCAAAAACACCAGGCCCAGGAGCAUACACAUCUUCGAGACAGUUCCCCAAGCAGUCUUCAACCAUUGCCAAAAUGGGUAGAGAACACAGUCUCUUCUUCAACAACACAAUUGGCUUUUAAAAUAAAACAAUAUUG